GGAAGCCGCCAUGAACGACACAUCCUCAUCAUCAUCAACCCUUCCCCAUUUCUCUCUCCUUUUCCUCUCUUCCACCUCAGCUCGGCCGUCACCGUCAUCGUCAUCAUCAUCGACUGCACAGCCGACAUCACACUCCGGCCGACGCCAGCCCUGAUCUGGCGUGAGGCAGACAAUGCACAUGUCACUCGCUCUGACGAAGAGCGUUGAGGAGGCACAUGAAGCUGUGGAACCAACGACGAUGACGAUGACGAGUGAUGGAGGGCCAUGCAUCCCGUCUCCAUCCAACCGACCAAGCAAGCAGCCGAGCGAGCGAGCAAAUGGACACGGCGUGGCAAGGGGCUGUUUGUUUUCACCGUUUCCACCAUCAACAACACCAGCAGCAACAGCUGAUGGCUGGCUGCAUUUGGAUGAACGGGCCCUCUGCCUCUGGGCCAUCUCCACCUGCUCGUCGUCGUCGUCAUUGAUCACCAGCAGCAGCGGCUGCUGCCAUGGAUGUGGAGAGGGUGUAAUGUGCGUCGAUGUGCCGUUGCCUCGCAUGACGAUGAUGAUGAUGAUGGUGGACGGUGGCCGUUCUGUUCCCAAGCCCUCAUGACACGAGCAGGGCGAUACACGCACACACAAAUGUGUGAGAAAAGAAGGCACGAGGCGGGCGUGUGCGGGUUUCCCCAACCGAAUCCCCUUCUUUUCCCAACUAAUCGUCUUUGCUCUGUGUCAUCAUCAUCAUCAGCCUUCCCCAUGUGAUGUGGAGCUGUUGAGGCUUGAUCGAGACAGCGGCCAACACAGACACGCAGGGCAAGCUGGCUCGCUGCUGCUACUGGUGCUGCUGUGAUGAUGGCCGUGCGUGUGCCUGUGUGCUGUGCACCGUGUUUGGGGCUGCGCCGAUGAAGACAAAGAAGGACACGGCCCUUGCCCACCACUCUUCCCCUUUCAUCUCCUCUUUCUGCUCCAUCAGCGAUGACGAUGGUGGCCGUGGCAUGUGAUUGCGGUUCCCUUUUGUUCUGGCUUCGCUGUGGCACGUUGGCUGGCUGG